UCUGCAGCCCAACCAGCUGCAACUCCUUCGUCCUCGAGCAUCCCUUCCAUAUCAUCCAGCUCUACAUCAACAAGCAGAACUGCACAAGCCUCCAAUUGCCUAUAUGACAUUCUGUCACUCAAAAACGACAGUUCAAAUUUCCAACUAUGGAAGUACCAUGUUGAGUUAAUCCUUGACCUUCGAGGACUAUGGGCAAUUGUCGAAGGAAGUGAAAAGAUGCCA